AUGCAUGGCUCUUUGUGGUUGACUGUGGCUUGCGUGUUGGUCUCUGUCUCCAUCGCAGAGGAUGCAAUCUUUCACAAUACAAUUGGAGUUCAGUGUUCUAAAGGCAUCGACUGUGGCUAUUUGCCUGCAUUGGCCUGCAUCUCAAACAAGUGUGAGUAUUGUCGUCCUCAUGCAGACGACUGUAGUAUCGACGGUUCCAAGCGUUGUCAAGUCGUGGAGAUUCUGGAUCAAGUGACUGGCAAAAUACAGACGCAGCACGCUCUCAACUCUGUUGGAGAGACGGUCGCCGUUGCCUAUUGUACUGAAAAGAACUUAUUUGACCCUUUUACAUGGAAGGAUUUGGUGGCAACAGUUAUCGCCUUUGUGAGCACUGCGCUCGGCUCUGGCUGUGGCGUUGGAGGUGGAGGACUUUUGGUGCCCAUGUACAUCUUGUACGGACUGAGUCCUAAGCACGCCAUCCCAUUGUCGAAAGCCACUAUCUUUGGCAAUGCAAUGUCCGCUUACUUUUUCAAUUUUAACCGGAAACACCCGAUAAACGCCAAGUUGCCGCUUAUUAGCUAUCAAGUUGCCGGAAUUAUGGAGCCUACGACGCUUAUUGGCACCAUCUUUGGCGUGAUAAUGAAUCACAUGUUCCCGGACUGGCUUAUCUUGGUGCUUCUUGUCUCGCUGCUCUCGUAUAUCACUUACAAGACCUUUCUUAAGGGAAACAAGAUUCGCGAAAACGAGUCCAACCACCAGCUCGCAGUCGUCAAGUCGGUGCUUAAAGGUGGUCCUAAUGGUGGAGGUCGCGGUCGCCAGUGGUCAAUAUAUCGUCGCUUCAAUGCCGAGAUUGCUGCGCAGCGAUGGCUUGCGAAGACUCGCCACAACAAAAAGUUACGCCAAAUUAAGCUCGAAGACGAAGACGACUGGAAGUCCCUGCCGCCGCUCCGUGAACACCAGCCAUCGAGCUCUGAUGCUCUGCUGAGUGGACCGAAGAAGCAUGAUUUUGGCACCUUUAGUUCGGACGAUGACCAUUUACUUGUGAGGCGCAACGCUAUCGAGCAGCGAGAGAUGCGAUUGUUCCCGCUCAAGUAUAUUGUUCCGCUGGUACUGUCUUGGCUAGUGGUGCUGGCACAGUCAAUGCUGCGCGGAGGACAUGGAGCCCCCAGUGUCAUCGGACUCACCUGCAACUCUGUGGACUAUUGGAUGGUCACUCUCCUACCGCUGUUGAUUUUGGUCGCGAUCACGCUUUGGGUAGGAUACCAAUUGCGUCUACUGAACCGCCUGAAAGUUCUCAGCGGCUAUCCGUUCACCGAGGGUGACAUUCACUGGACCAAGCGCCGCGUACUUAUCUUCCCGACCUUGUGUACCUUGGCAGGAGUGGCCGCUGGUCUAUUGGGUAUCGGAGGUGGCAUGGUGAAAGGCCCUGUCAUGCUCGAGAUGGGUAUCUUGCCCCCUGUGCAAUCGGCAACCGCCAACUUCAUGAUUCUGUUCACAUCGUCAUCGACGACGCUGCAGUUCGCGAUCAACGGUCAGUUCCCGGGCGAGCUUCAGUACGACUACAUGGCUUGGUUUGCACUCAUAGGCUGCAUCGGUGGCUUUUGUGGCCAAAAAGUGGUGGCGUGCUUGGUCAAAAAGUACAAACGUGCGUCAAUCAUGGUCUAUCUUUUGGCAGCGACAAUCGGUUUGUCGGCUCUCGCCAUGGGGGUCAUUGGCUUGAAGUCCACAUUGAGAGAUCUGAAGAAGGGUGUGCACCUUGGUUUUAACGGCAUUUGUGACACUGAAUGA